UUGAGCUGUUUAGGAGUAAACCUGUGUAUUCACGGCUCCUACUUAAUUUACAGUUGACUGGUUUUUGCAUGAAUAACUUUAAGACCGUUAAUCUGCCUUCUCCUCUAUAAAUACAACUUGAAAUAACUUCAUUUUUCAGAUGUUCCUUGAUCAAAAUACAAAUUCUGCAGCAUUUUUUGUUCUAGUGUAUGAAAAAGGCCCUCCCAUUCAAGUGACUAGAGGUGAGUUUUGAGAGAACAUGAGGGGCCUGAAAAUCGUGUCCUGGUUUUACAUAAUAUUCUUUCUCAGUUUCACCAUUUGGAGCCUAGAGGCUAGAGAUAACGAGACGCUUCAGUCUGCUGUUGUUGUUGGUACUGUGUACUGUGACACCUGUUUCCAGGAGGAUUUCUCUAAGCCUAGUCACUUCAUUUCAGGUGCGUCUGUUGCUGUGGAAUGCAAAGAUGAGACGUCGAAACCGAGUUUUCGACAGGAAGUGAAGACAGAUAAGCAUGGAGAAUUCAAGGUUCAUCUGCCAUUUUCAGUUGGCAAACAUGUCAGGAGGAUCAAGAGAUGCUCAGUGAAAUUGAUCAGUAGCAGUGAGCCUUAUUGUGCUAUGGCCUCGUCAGCAACUUCAUCUUCACUCAGGCUGAAGGCAAGAACCCAGGGAACUCACAUAUUCUCAGCAGGAUUUUUCUCCUUCAAACCUCUAAAACAACCAAAUCUAUGCAACCAGAAACCAAGCCUGGAAAAUGCAGAAAAAAUCAACACCAAGAAAGAUUCAUUGCCUCCAAUAAAUGAAGAUUUAGCAUUUCCACCUCCAAUUCAAGACCCAAGUACUCCUGGUCUUCCUCAAUUAGACCCAAACAUUCUUCCUCCACUUCCUUUUCUGCCAAGACUACCACCAUUGCCAGGACUUCCUCCUCUUCCACCUCUUCCAGUACUUCCAUACCUUCCACCGUUACCAGGGAAAAAAACUACAGAAAAAAACCCUGAAGAACUUACCAAGAUAACUCAAACUCAACUAUCAGAAUCGCAACAAAAGGAAGUAGAUCACCCUGAUUUUUUCCUUCCAUUGCCACCAAACCCAUUUGUGCUACCUCCAGUUCUUCCAACGAAUCCAUUUCAGCUACCUACACUUUCACCUCCAAACCAUCUAGGCCCUCCUUCUCUAUUUAAUCCAUUUCCACCAUUUCCAGGACUAACUCCACCAUCGCCACUUUCAUUUCCAUUUCCUCAGUUUCCAUUCCUGCCUUCGCCGCCGCCUCGCAUCCGAAGAUUUCCUCCAGCUUUUUCUUCACCUUGACCGAUUUCUAUAUCUAUUAAUCCAUCCAUGUAUAAUUUCCCCUUUUCCGGUGAAUGAUGAUAUAAGUAUGGGAGUAAUGAGCUAGUCAGUGUAAGGGGCAUAAUGGUUUUUGGAGCUAUGUAAUGUGCCUUUAGUCAAUAAAAAAUAAGGACAAAACAAAUUAUUGUACUUAGAAUAAAGCUUUGUUUCUAGCCAAGAAACAGGCCUUUGUGAAUUUUUAUUGUUGAUGUAAUCUAAAUAUGCAUGGUUACCUUUCAUAAA